AUGAAGCCGGACACCAACAUGCUAAACACCCAUCAACAGUUGGUCAGGGCCAACUCGGAAAGACCAGCUCAGGACCUGGGCCCUCAGACUCCAGAGACAGCCACAGGCCUACUCCAGCUUCUGUCCGGCUUUUCCCCGGCAGAGCAGGGGAACCUGGGGAAUGAUGAUGAUGUGCCCAGGCAAGGCCGGCCACAGAGGUCUCAGAGCGCAGGGCAGAGGGCAAAGAAGGACUGCGGAACCCAGGGGCGGAACAAGAAAGGACAAGCCUCCGCUGAGGAUGAGGAUCUCUUCCCGGCUCCUCUCCGGAAACCCUCCUUCCCCUUCCAGUGGGCCUGGGAGAACUUCAUCAUGGAUGGUCAGGCUCUGCUUCAGACAAGCUCCCCUGAGGCCCCUGGCCACCAAGUCCUGCCCUCGCCCCUAGCAAUCCUCCAGCACAAGUCCAGGCGCAAAUCCAUGUUCAACUUCCCAGAAUCCCUUGAUUUCUGCCAAAAGACGGAGAUGCAAAAUCUGGAACAGAGACAGCAGCUGGGGGCCUGGGGUGGCAUCCUCCUCCCUCCCAGCAAAGGGGAGAACCAAGGGCUGGAGCUAUCUAGCAAGUGUGGCCUCUGGCUGCCUGGGAAGAGGUCAGGAUCAGAAACAGAGUCCGAGGAGGCUGCAGAGCGGGAGGGCCUAGGUGUGGAGGAGGUGGAGAGGGGUCUGAGCCCUGGGGAACUGCUCCAGAUCCCCAGGAGGGGCUUGAUUUUGGAGGAGGAGCGGUUCUCAGAGGCAACCGAGGAGGCUGAGCAGUGGGAUCACAGCGCCCCCCACAGGAGGAAGGGCAGCUCUCAGAAAAAAGGUCAGAAUUCUGGAAAGGAGGCUUUGGAAGAAGGGGAGCUGCGGGGCCAGAGCCAGGGAAGCAGCUCCAGCUUCAACAGCUUCAGAGGGUCACAGAGGGGGAUGUCAAAGGCCAAAGAGGUGCAGGGGCCCUGGGACCUAGAGAAGCUGCACGGGCAGUUACAGCAAGAAUUGAACUGUGGCCCCCAAAAGCAGUCCUGGAAGGCUUUCCGGGCUGCCUCCAUCCGGAGUGAGAAAGCCCAUGACAUGGGAGAAAAGGAAAAGUUCCUGUUUGCCAGCUUCCCUAAUCGCACCUUCCACAAACGACAUGAGGCCACCAGAAGCCUGCUGCAGAGUUGGGAGCGGCAGCAGCGGGAGCAGCAGCAUCAGGCUGAGCUGCGCAGGACUCGGGAACAUCGGGUUCAGCAGCAGGUGGUCCGCUGCCUAGCAUCCUAUGCACCCCCAGGGGGCCGGGGGCCCAGUGCCACCCAGCGCAAGGUGGAGGAACUGAGGCGCCAAGAGCGACAGCGCUUUGCUGAGUACCAGGCGGAGUUGCAGGGCAUCCAACACAGGGUGCAGGCCCGGCCCUUCCUAUUCCAGCAGGCCAUGCAGACCAAUGCCAGGCUCACCGUGGCCCGGCGCUUCUCCCAGGUGCUGUCAGCACUAGGAGUGAAUGAGGAGGAGCUGGUGGCUGAGACACAUAAAAGGGACACAGUGGGAACCUCCAGGAAACCCAGGAGCCACAGGUCAAUGGGGGUGAGAAUGGAGCCCUCUUCUCGGAGCCCCCCAAAGACAGAACCCACUGGCAGCCAGCCUGACAGGCACUUUUCCGCCAGCCUGGACAGAGUGCUGUCCCCAAGAUGA